CGCGCCCCGGCCGCCCCACGCCCAGGGUUCCGGGCCCCGCAGCGGCCUGGAGCUCGGGGCCAAACCCGCUCCCCGAGCUCCGGCCUGAGCCACGGCGUCCACAGGACUAGUUUUAAUUUCCCUGGUCGAGCCCUGCGAGCCCGAGUCCGUAGACCCGGCCUCCGAGGCGCUCUGCCGCGGGUGGGUUUGUUCUGCUGUCUCCACAAGCCCCUUGGCCCUUCCUGUGGCGACAGGAGGGGCUGGCUUCACCCUGGGGGCCCUGUUGCAUGAGUUUAGGUGGGCGGUGUGGGGAUCAUCCGGUCCCUGUCCAGCAUUAAACCGUGUUCAGCAAGGUCUGCGUUGUCGACAGAGCCCUCAGCGGCUUAGUCCCGUGGUAAACGCAGCAUUAAAAUCCUUUCAGUGGUUGUUGUAAUACAGAGAAGAAGGAAAAAAGUUAAAUCAUUUGAAAUGUAAAGUAUUAAGUAAGACUUUCAUUUUAACAACAUGCCUUGUUCUCUUUCCCUUCAGCUGGAGAAUUAUUAGAAGGGAAAGCCCUUGUUUGACAGCCUUUUAGAAAGGUGGCGUCAAAGAUGGCAAUAGCUGUCCUUCGGGGGAAAAGAUACGUUCGUUGUCAUGGGCUGGAGCUGCUGCUGCUGUUAAAAUCUGAUCCUGUUUCAUCUCAGGUGGUGGUUGGGGUUCAGCUGGAGCCAGUCGGGGUGGCAAAGUCAUCUGAACCCUCUCUCUGGCCUGUCUGGUCAGGACAUUGCUCAGGAUGAUGAAGUCCCAGGAAACGAUCUCAGAAUGGACUCUUACCUGAUCCAAAUGAACGGCAAUAGCGAUGUCCAUGUACAUAGAAAUGGGAACAGCCCCUCCCUGGGGAAAGUGAAAGGCCGGAAGCCUAGAUGGGCAGUCCGGGCCUCUGAGAUGUCCAAGAAGACUUUCAAUCCCAUCCGAGCCAUCGUGGACACCAUGAAAGUGGAACCCAACCCAAACAAGCCCAUGAUCUCCUUGUCUCUAGGUGACCCAACAGUAUUUGGAAACCUCCCCACUGAUGAUGAGGUCACCCAGGCUGUGAAGGAGGCCCUGGACUCGGGAAACUACAAUGGAUAUGCUCCUUCAGUCGGGUACCAGUCUUGCCGGCAGGUGGUUGCUGCAUAUUAUAGCUGCCCCGAAGCACCUCUGGAAGCUCAGGACGUUAUCCUGACGAGUGGCUGCAGCCAGGCUAUCGAACUUGCAUUAGCAGUGCUGGCUAAUCCAGGGCAGAACAUCCUGGUGCCAAGACCUGGCUUCUCUCUCUACAAGACCCUUGCACUCUCCAUGGGGAUUGAGGUCAAAUUCUACAACCUCUUGCCUGAGAAAUCCUGGGAAAUUGACUUGAAGCACUUGGAGUCGCUGGUGGAUGAGAAGACGGCCUGUGUCAUUGUGAACAACCCAUCUAACCCCUGCGGCUCCGUAUUCAGCAAAAGCCAUCUCCAGAAAAUCCUGGCCGUGGCCUCGAGACAGUGUGUCCCCAUCCUAGCUGAUGAAAUCUAUGGAGACAUGGUGUUUGCAGAGUGCAAGUAUGAGCCCAUAGCAACUCUUAGCACCAACGUGCCGAUCUUGUCCUGUGGAGGCCUGGCCAAGCGAUGGCUGGUCCCAGGCUGGAGGAUGGGAUGGAUCCUGGUUAAUGAUCGGAGAGACAUCUUUGGGAAUGAGAUCAGGGACGGCCUUGUAAGGUUGAGUCAAAGGAUCCUGGGACCCUGCACAAUUGUCCAGGGGGCACUGGAACACAUCAUCCACCGAACACCCCCAGAGUUUUACCACAACACCCUCAGCUUCCUCAAGUCCAAUGCUGACCUUUGCUAUGCUGCCCUGUCUGCCAUCUCUGGACUCCAGCCCAUCCAGCCCUCAGGGGCCAUGUACCUCAUGGUUGGAAUUGAAAUGGAGCAUUUCCCCAAGUUUGAGAAUGACGUGGAGUUCACCGAACAGCUGAUCUUAGAGCAGUCAGUCUUCUGCCUGCCAGCCUCGUGCUUUGAGUACCCCAAUUUCUUCCGGGUGGUGCUAACGGUGCCCGAGGAGAUGAUGGUGGAGGCCUGCAGUCGCAUCCAGGAGUUCUGUGAAAGGCACUACCAGGACAACGAGGGGGCCCAGGACCUGGAAUGUGACAAGUAGCCAGGAGUGCUCUCUACUCUGCCUCCGCUCAGCCACCCGUAAAUGAGCAGCAGUGGGCAGGGCAGGGCUGCCCUCAGGUCAGCACCUACAUCCCAUUGCACCUAAUGCAACUGGAGCAGACUACAAUCCUGCAGAGAUUCUGCAUGUUCCCUGGGCUCAUGGGAUCCAGCAGCCAUCAUUCUACCCCAUUCACAAACCCUCAGGCACCCAGUGUCCCACUACCCACCAGGAGCCCAUGCUCUGGUCUGUGUCAGUGAACCGCAACAUCCUUCAUACAGGGCCUGCGGCUUCCACUCAGGCAGGCAGUUGUAGUAUGUGGGAACCGUCACUUAGCUGUUCAGUUUGAGGGUCUCUGUUAUUGCAGGGCAGUAGCUGGGAGAUCCCACGCUGAAUGCAAGAUGACAACUUCUAAUUCCCUUCACUAGCAGUUACAUGAGAUGCUGAGCUGGACUCUUCCACUGACAGAGCCAUGCAUGUGUCGGAGCAGAGUUCUCAGCCUCUCUCUGGCUGGAGCAGUACUGGACGGUCUGGUGUACAUGUGGCAUGAUGGACCCUUGUUUGUCUGUACCACAGAAUGUCAAUGACUGUUCCUGAUGUCUCCCCUUUAUGUUCUCUAAGGAGCAGGAGCUCUGUGUACUCAGCCCUUGGUGUUGCAAAGGGCAUAAAUUAUUGUAACUAUUUUAUUAAUAAAUGUUCGGA